UCUACCAUUUUGACCGGUCAUUCGAAGUUGAUCUGCCGUGCGGAUAGUAUCGUGCCGUGUGUUUCGCUCCCGGUUAGCAGCCAUUUUACGAGUUCAAACCGUAGCAGCAGCAGCAGCAGUAAUUGUCGCUGUCGAAUAAAAACGAAGAGCAGAUAGUAAAGCAAACAGAAUCAACGCAGUUCGACACGAUGGGAUACAGCCUAGGAACGGAGGAGCUUUCCAGCAAGUCGAGCGGACUGUGGCGUGCGCUGCUGGCCGAGUUUGUAGGUAUUUUCAUACUGAAUUUCUUCGCUUGCGCCGCCUGUACGCAUGCGAAUGGAGAUAAAACGCUGAUCUCGCUGGCAUUCGGGCUGAGCGUGUUCAUGGUGGUGAUGUCAAUCGGACACAUCAGCGGUGGUCACAUCAAUCCCGCCGUGACGGCUGGAAUGUUGGCCGCGGGCAAGGUUAGCCUGAUCCGUGCGCUGAUGUACGUGGCGGCCCAGUGUGCCGGUGCCGUUGCGGCCACCACCGCCCUCGAUGUGCUGAUUCCGAAAAGCUUCCAGAACGGGCUCGGCAACACCGGACUGAAGGAGGGCGUCACCGAUAUGCAGGGGCUCGGGUUCGAGUUCUUCCUCGGCUUCGUGCUGGUGCUGUGCGUGUUUGGCGUCUGUGACGAGAACAAACCGGACUCGCGCUUUGUGGCACCGCUAGCCAUCGGGCUAACGGUUACGCUCGGCCAUCUGGGCGUGGUGGAGUACACUGGGUCAAGCAUGAACCCGGCCCGUUCCUUCGGCACCGCAUUCGUCACGGACAGCUGGGCCCAUCACUGGAUCUACUGGGCUGGACCGAUCCUGGGCGGUGUUACGGCGGCUCUGCUCUACUGUCAACUGUUCAAGGCACCGACCGCCAGCGAUGCUUCCGAGCGCUACCGUACCAGCGCGGACGAUAAGGAGAUGCGUCGACUGGACGGCAAGCAUGAUAUGGCGUAAAUGAUCGUCCCCCUCGCACCCCGAGGAGGACUGAAUUGAACCCCCUUUACUCUGUGUGUCCCGUCGAAUGUUGUGGUGUGUUAUGUUUUCUGUGUUGCCGUUUUACUAAUUGUGACCUCAUCCCCUUGUCCACGUGGAGUUUAGUUUUCCUCUUUUUCUCAGUCCGAGCAACGGAUGAACGAGAAGACGUGUCCGGUUUAAGUUUAAGCUGUGUUGCAGGUGUCGCUUGAAAACACAAAUCAUCUUCAUCUGUAGCUGGGUCGCUUGGUAUAUCGUGAGAUAUGCGACGAAGGUGUAUCCAGAUGCAUUAACUAUAAUAAACUUAUAGAAUUAUUGAUAAUUACUAAA